GUGGUGGUGGCAGGAUACAGGGGAAAGAAGAGAAUUGAGGCUCCGCCCCACAUCUUCUCCAUCUCUGAUAAUGCCUAUCAGUUCAUGCUCCAAGAUAGAGAAAACCAGUCAAUCCUGAUCACCGGAGAAUCUGGUGCAGGAAAGACUGUUAACACCAAACGUGUCAUCCAGUACUUUGCGACAAUCGCAGUGGCUUCUGGGAAGAAGAGUGAGCUAGUUACAUCAGGUAAAAUGCAGGGAUCACUGGAGGAUCAGAUCAUUGCAGCAAACCCUCUGUUGGAAGCUUAUGGAAAUGCCAAGACUGUGAGGAAUGACAACUCCUCUCGUUUUGGAAAAUUCAUCAGAAUUCACUUUGGGUCAACUGGAAAGCUGGCUUCAGCUGAUAUUGAAACAUAUCUUCUGGAAAAAUCCCGUGUGACAUUCCAGCUGUCAGCUGAGAGGAGCUACCACAUCUUCUACCAGCUCACAACAGGCCACAAACCUGAACUCAUAGAGGCUCUUCUCAUCACCACCAACCCUUACGACUAUCCGAUGAUCAGUCACGGUGAAAUCACUGUCAAGAGUAUCAACGACAUUGAAGAAUUCAUUGCCACUGAUACCGCUAUCGACAUCCUGGGUUUCACUGCUGAAGAGAAGGUCAGCAUCUACAAGCUGACAGGAGCAGUGAUGCAUCAUGGGAACAUGAAGUUCAAGCAGAAGCAGCGUGAAGAGCAGGCCGAGCCUGAUGGCACUGAGGUGGCUGAUAAAAUCGCCUACCUCAUGGGUCUGAACUCUGCUGAUUUGCUAAAAGCCCUGUGUUACCCCAGAGUGAAGGUUGGGAAUGAGUAUGUGACCAAAGGUCAAACUGUUCCACAGGUCAACAACGCUGUGAUGGCUCUCUGCAAGUCUGUCUAUGAGAAAAUGUUCUUGUGGAUGGUGGUCAGAAUCAAUGAGAUGCUGGACACCAGGCAGCCAAGAAGUUUUUUUAUCGGUGUCCUGGACAUUGCUGGGUUUGAGAUUUUUGAUUUCAACAGCUUGGAACAGCUGUGCAUCAACUUCACCAAUGAAAAGCUGCAACAGUUCUUCAAUCAUCACAUGUUCGUCCUGGAGCAGGAAGAGUAUAAGAAAGAGGGAAUCGAAUGGGAGUUCAUUGACUUUGGCAUGGAUUUGGCAGCAUGUAUUGAGCUCAUUGAGAAGCCAAUGGGCAUCUUCUCCAUCCUUGAAGAGGAGUGCAUGUUCCCAAAGGCUACAGACAUGACCUUCAAGAGCAAACUGUACGACCAGCAUCUGGGAAAAAGUGCCCCCUUCCAGAAGCCGAAACCUGCCAAAGGCAAAGCUGAAGCCCAUUUCUCUCUGAUGCACUAUGCUGGCACGGUGGACUACAACGUUGUUGGCUGGCUGGAAAAGAACAAAGACCCACUGAACGACUCCGUGGUUCAGCUCUACCAGAAGUCUUCAGCAAAACUGUUGGCUUUCCUGUACGCAUCCCACGCAUCAUCAGAAGCUGAGGGUGGUGGCAAGAAAGCUGGCAAGAAGAAGGGAGGCUCCUUCCAGACGGUGUCUGCUUUGUUCAGAGAGAAUCUGGGCAAGUUGAUGACUAACUUGAGGAGCACUCAUCCUCAUUUUGUGCGCUGCUUGAUUCCCAACGAGUCCAAGACACCAGGUCUCAUGGAGAACCACCUGGUCAUCCACCAGCUGAGGUGUAAUGGUGUGCUGGAGGGAAUCAGGAUCUGCAGGAAAGGUUUCCCCAGCAGAAUCCUCUAUGGUGACUUCAAGCAGAGGUACAAAGUACUGAAUGCCAGUGUCAUCCCUGAGGGCCAAUUCAUUGAUAACAAGAAGGCCUCUGAAAAAUUACUGACCUCCAUUGACGUGGACCACUCUCAGUACAAGUUUGGACACACAAAGGUGUUUUUCAAAGCUGGUCUACUGGGAGUUCUGGAGGAGAUGAGGGACGACAAAUUGGCUGAGCUGGUCACCAUGACUCAGGCUCUGUGCAGAGGCUUCCUCAUGAGGCGGGAGUUUGUCAAAAUGAUGGAAAGACGAGAAGCCAUUUUCACCCUCCAGUACAACAUUCGAUCUUUCAUGAACGUCAAAACUUGGCCAUGGAUGAAGCUCUACUUUAAGAUCAAACCUCUGCUGAAGAGCGCAGAAACAGAAAAGGAGAUGGCUCAAAUGAAAGAGGACUUUGCAAAGACCAAAGAAGAGCUGGCAAAGGCUCUGGCUAAGAAGAAAGAACUGGAGGAGAAGAUGGUUUCUCUCCUUCAGGAGAAGAAUGACCUGUUAUUACAAGUGCAGUCUGAAGGUGAAAAUCUCACAGAUGCAGAGGAAAGAUGUGAGGGGCUCAUCAAAGCUAAAAUCCAGCUUGAGGCCAAACUCAAAGAGUCAAAUGAAAGACUGGAGGAUGAGGAGGAGAUCAAUGCUGAGCUGACAGCGAAGAAGAGGAAACUGGAGGACGAGUGCUCCGAGUUAAAGAAGGACAUUGAUGACUUGGAGCUCACUCUGGCCAAAGUGGAAAAGGAGAAACAUGCCACUGAAAACAAGGUUAAAAACCUGGUUGAGGAAAUGGCUUCCCAAGAUGAGACCAUCGCCAAACUCACGAAAGAGAAGAAAGCCCUCCAAGAGGCCCAUCAGCAGACCCUGGACGAUCUACAGGCAGAAGAAGACAAAGUCAACUCUCUGACGAAGGCCAAGACAAAGCUGGAGCAGCAAGUGGAUGAUCUUGAAGGCUCCUUGGAGCAGGAAAAAAAGCUCCGCAUGGAUCUGGAACGAGCUAAAAGGAAGCUGGAAGGAGAUCUGAAGCUGGCUCAGGAGUCCGUAAUGGAUCUGGAGAACGACAAGCAGCAGUCUGAGGAGAAGAUUAAGAAGUAA